AUUUCUCGACUGUCAUUUUCGUGUGCAAAUUUUCCCAGUGAUUCUGCCGGCAGCUGAAUAAAAAAAUGUGAAUUUUGCUCAUAAAAUCACUCAUUAUUCAUCGCAAAUUUCAUCAGUUCUCUUCAAUUGAAUAGUCUAUAGUUACCAAAGUAUUGUUGUAAACCAGAAAGUGCAUUAUAUAGUACAAAUAACACCAGCAGAAAACAUGUCAAAACUGUUGGCUCGUGUUGUUUCGCAACAGAACAAAGUUUUUCUUCACCCGAAGAACCCAACGCGAAGCUGGCUGAACACGCCCACAUUCCGGCGGGGGACCGCCACCAGCGGAUCCAGUGGACCAGGAAGAACCAGCGACCCGAUGAAAGGUAAAGGUCCUAUAACGUGGAAAAGUUUCGCCCUAAUUGCCACUGCCGGCCUGGGCAGUUUGGGCUUCAUGUGGUACGUGAAGGACGAGAAGGAACAGGCCCUUCUGAAGGAACGGAAACGUCAACUAGGUAAAGCCGCUAUCGGUGGUUCCUGGGAGUUGGUCGACUCCGAAGGGCACGAGCGGAAAUCGUCCGACUUCAUCGGCCAGUGGCUGCUGAUAUAUUUUGGGUUUACGCACUGCCCGGACAUCUGUCCGGAUGAGCUGGAAAAGAUGGCCGCCGUGGUCGAUGGGCUGGCCAAGAUGGAAGAGGCGGAACCGGUUCAGCCGCUGUUCAUCACGGUUGACCCGCAGCGGGACUCGAAGGAAGUGGUCGGAAAGUACGUCAAGGAGUUCCAUCCAAAGUUACUGGGUUUGACGGGAACCGUGGAGCAGGUGGCCAAGGUGUGCAAAGCUUUUCGGGUAUACUUUAGCGCUGGACCGAAGGAUCAGGAUGAAGACUACAUUGUAGAUCAUACGAUCAUUAUGUACCUUGUGGAUCCUAACGGGCAGUUUGUGGAUUACUACGGUCAGAAUCGCAAUAAGGAACAGGUCAAGAACUCCAUUAUCAUCAAUCAGGCCAAGUUCAAGCAGAUGAAUAAAAAAUCCUGGUUCUAAGUGUAUGUGCUGUAAGUGGUAAGUUUUGAAUAUAGGUUGUUUUCUUAUGUACAUAGAUAAGACUGUACUGGUCUCCGUCGAUUUGAGAAUGAACAGUACUGCUAGGAACCGUAA